AUGGAUACCUCAGAGGCAUCAAAACCUCACGAAAUCGCGCGAAACUCGGCAAAUCGAACGAUCUACACCAGAAACACCCCAUGGAGAAAUUUCAGGCGUAAAACCGAACGAAUCGAGUUCGAGAUGACCCCGAACUCGGUGCCGAGCCAAGAUCGUGUUCUCGUCGUCGUCGCGGGUUCCGGGAGUUCUCCCGAGACGCUGAUAACGUCGCAUAGCGUUCUCGUAACGAGGUAUAAUUCCCCCAAACUUCACGUAUCGUGGACCCGUACGUGUAGUAAUAGGUUCACGCAAAAAUCGGCGACGACAUUGUCGAUCACGGUUCGCGACGGCGCGAUGGACCGAUCCGCCGGCGACGACGACACCAUAUAA